AUCUACGAUAUAUAAAUGUCAUCUGUCAACGAGCCCAAGACAUAUACAUAAUUGCGCAAUUGAAAUCACAUUUGUCACUGAUUUGUUAUUCGGCUCGCCAAACAAAGAUUUCAUUUUCCAAAGCAGAAAAAAGGAAGCACAUUUUGAAAAUGGGACUAUCACCAGAUGCCAAAGAACGCUUGGGCGUAGUUUUCGGAGUCGUUAAAUUUGUAUUCCAUGUGGGAUUCAUUCCAACCGUUCUUUAUUUAGGAUUCAAGAAAGGCGCUGAACAAGGAAUGCCUCCAUUGACCCCAUUAAGUUUGCUCUGGCAGUAGAGAUCCCUAGACUUUGUGCGAUUUAGUUAUACAUACUUCUUAAAUCCUAAAAACACAAUAGGUUAUCGAUGAAUUAUAUAUCGUGUUAAAAUUAUGAAAUAAACACAAAUUCACGAUACCAAAAAAAUUU